UCACCCCCAUUUUGUCUGCGCAGAACCUCAAAGCGCGUCGCACAUAUUUACCAAAUACACGUCUCAAGAACUAUCUAUGGUAAUGAGAUUGAGAACAGUAGAAGCAUUUGAAUGUUAAUAAUUGGGUAUUAAUACAUCUUAAAUAUUUAUUUAACAAUUAAAAUAUACAACUGAAGCAACAAUUAAGAGAUUAGCCGUUUAAAAACAAGAUAUAGUUAAAUUCAAAGUCCCAGGGUUCGAGACAUUGACAUUGAUCGUCUGAAAAAACAAAAGCUGGUAAUUGCGGUCUUUGUAAGUUUAUCUUUAAAUUACCUAAAUAAACUAUUAAUAAAAUUAAGACUCAAAAGAGAGCGAGUUGUUGACAAAAUGUCAUUUAGGUGAUCAAUUACUGUUCGCAAAUUAUUAAAAAAAAAAAAAAGACGGCACACGUGUAAAUAGUUAUUUUAUUAAAUGAGUGAGUGUGGGGGUUAUCCAGUAUCGGUAUCAGCAAUAGUGACUGGUGACUAGUGUCAGUGUUGGUUGGUGCCGUAAUUGUCGUCCAUCUACCGCUUGGAUGUGUGCGGAGAUUAUAUAUGUGUAUAUACUAAAUAUAUACGACUUACAUCAUGUAAAGUUAUGUCAAUGUGAGAGAGUCUGCUCUGUGGUGGACGGAGAUAAGUUGGGGGACUGCCGUUGGUGAUGGUGAUGGUGAGACAACUAAACCAGCUUAAUGUAAUUGUUGUGCCUAGCCGGGUUUUCAGUACUAGUAUCACAACUAAACUGUUGCCCCAACAAUAUAAUACCUACCUAGAGACUAUUCAGUAAUAUAAAGACGCGCUGAUGUCUUUUGUUUAAACAUUUUUUGGUAGUUCAUUUGGCUAACCAAGAUGAUCAAGGGUUACACGCCCAUCACACAGGCCCUGCUGGGCACCUUGUUCACCUGGGGGCUUACUGCUGCCGGUGCUGCUGUUGUUGUCAUCAUACAAGGCAAACAGAGAAAAUUGCUGGACGUCAGCUUGGGAUUCGCAGCAGGCGUGAUGAUAGCUGCGAGCUACUGGUCCCUGUUAGCGCCAGCGAUAGAAAUGGCAGAGGAGAGCAAGCUUUACGGUGAAAACGGUGAAUUUGCAUUUGUACCAGUCGCCGUUGGAUUUUUGAUAGGCGCAGCGUUUGUUUAUGGAACCGAUUUGUUGAUAUCCUCGCUGGGAAUUCAGUCCCCAAAUGUGCUAUUAGCAAUGCAGUCAGUGGGUACGAAACAAAGACGCAAAAACCUUCGGAUGUAUGAUGAAAGAAAAGUUAAAAGUGACGAGGAUUUAGACACUAUUAAUAAUGUAAUUAGUGGCGUACAAAUAACCAGUGGCAAUAUUUAUUAUGAGUCCACCACUAUCGAUGGUUUUUACGAGCAAAACGCCCGCCGGAGAAUACCUGAGUCAACUUCCCGGAGUUCUGAAAUAACCGAGCAGUGCUCUGUCUACGAAGAUCCUGGGAUUGAAGCUAAAAACAACCAAUGGAGACGCAUUCUUCUGCUAGUCGUUGCUAUUACAGUACAUAAUAUCCCAGAAGGACUUGCAGUAGGUGUUGGUUUCGGCGCGGUAGGCAGCAGUGCAUCAGCGACGUUUGAAAAUGCUCGAAACCUCGCGAUAGGAAUAGGCAUACAAAAUUUUCCAGAAGGCCUGGCAGUAUCAUUACCUCUGCAAGCCGCAGGAUUCAGUACCCUCAAGAGCUUCUGGUACGGACAGCUAUCAGGGAUGGUCGAGCCGAUCGCAGGAGUCCUGGGGGCCGCCUGUGUGUCCCUCGCGAGCCCAGUUCUUCCUUAUGCGCUGGCAUUUGCCGCGGGCGCGAUGAUUUAUGUCGUCGUCGACGACAUCAUCCCGGAAGCUCAUCAGAGUGGAAACGGCACGUUGGCCAGCUGGGGCGCCAUGGUUGGCUUCCUAAUCAUGAUGUCUCUUGACGUAGGACUUGGUUAAUUGUUUUAAAAUUGUUCUUCACCAAUCUGGAGACAGUAUUUUAUUUUUUUCUACUAGAUCUAAUCAAUAAAACAAAUAAAAAUAAUUAAAAAUACAAUUAUCUUAUAAUGAAUAUAAUUAUAAUUGUAAUUAUAAUUAUAAUUAUAAAUGAGGAGUUUUUGCUCAACCGAUCGACGACUGAGUGGACGUUGAUUAAGAGCCAAAGCAUCAGUCAAUAAAAUAAAUAAAAAAGGGUUAAAUAUUUACUAAUGAGCCUUCACGUAAUAUAACUGAUCUACGUGUAGCUCGAAUAAAUUUAGUUAAUUAGU